UCCAUCCCGGCCGGGGCCUCCGGCUGCCCUGGGCCCCGACCGGCCGGGCCGGCCACGGAGCAGCGCGGGAGAGCGCGGCGGAGUGGAACCUGGUCCUAUGACUCAUGCCCGGAAGAAACAACUUUUCCUUCUAAAACAUCCAGCUGGUUCUGCUGGCCAAGCUUUGUCACCAGUAGAUGGUGAAAGAAUGGAUAGGACUGAGGCAGGGUGCAGUGAGCAAGGAGACACCACUGAUAUUCAAAACUGGCAGAGUGGGUUUAUGGGUGUGAACAAAAGCAGGAAUUUGCAGAAGAUCAGAAAGACGUACCCAUUAAGGAAACGUCUGAUCACUUCUGUGGACAAAAAAACGUGCAAAGUGCUUCUCACCAGAUUAGAGGACGUGGCUGGAUCAUUGUCAAAAGAGACCCAGAUUGGCACAAAAAGAGACCUCUCCAGUUGGAUGGAUGACUUCAGACCUCCCUGUUUCCCAGAACAAGUUCAGACUCUGGGAGCAGGGAAGAGUGAUCCACCUGGGGAAGAGAGCACAAUAACUUGUCCUGGAACAGAACAGGAACCCAGUGCCGCUCCUUUGGAGCCCAGGAAACGAAGACUAGCCUCUCUGAAUGCAGAGGCAGUGAAUAACCUGCUAUUUGAACGAGAUGAUGGCUUAUUAUCUGGCAGGCGUUUUCGGAAAGACUCUGUCAAGGCCGGUGGAGAUUGCAGCAAAGCUAGUGGCAACUGGCCCUCAUUGGGAAAACCAUCUGUAAAAACAGUUAAGGGAAAGAGUCAGAGUGGAUCUAGUCAGAAAUGCAAUAGCUCUGACCAUUCAUUGGAUGACGUAUUUGAAGAUGGAACAAAGAGGGAGGAUAGUGGAAUUCCCUAUCAUCCCACCCCAAAGAGAUUGGCCAGUCUCAAUGCUGUGGCAUUUUUGAAACUGACCCAUGAAAAAGACCAACCUCUGAAGCCGAGGAGUAAAUCAGAUGGAGAGGGCAAGUCUGAGAACCACUGUUCCAAAUCAAGGCUCAAGUGGGCCAAAGCCAAUAGGAAGAAUUGUGUCAAAUCCAAAAAGGAAAUGUCCAGUGUAAAAAUGGAGGGUCCACAUGGCUGGCAAGGAUUUCCUGCAAGUGCUUUUAGGAAAGCAGACCAUCAGGACUCCCCUAGUCUCCAUGGAAAUAUUGAAUCUCUGAAUUAUGAACCAUUAUCUAAUUCCUAUGAUAGCACAGAGGGUUUUUAUCACAGACUGCCUUUGCUUAUGGGUGGACAAGCUUCCAUGAAGCCUGAGUAUGGGAGACCUGGGGAGAAAUCUCCUACUCCCAAACAGGAAUUUCAUCAGCCUUCCUUCCCCGUGCAGCAGUUCCAUCCCUUGCCUGUGCCAGGAAAUCACACGGAUUGUGGAUGUCUCUGUGAAUCUUCAGAUUUGACUCCAUUGAACGGGUUUUAUGUUUAUUAUGGCCAAAGUGGAUACAGUGGCUACUCUCACUGCUCGGUUUACCCUAAGGAUGAGCUUUCACAGUCUACGUGUGAGGGGCUCUUGGUAUCUCCAACUUCCUUACCAUCAGGUACUCCUUUCCAGCCACUUCACUGGUGUAACUCUCCGUACUGUUGUGGCGAAGGAACAGCUGUUAACAGUUACAGCCUUUGUGGAGUUAUGCAUAUGCCGGAGAGCAGGAUUAGCAGUGUGCAUACAGGACGGAACAGCUACCCUUACAAAAUGCCUUUUGCAGCAGAAAGUUGCAAAUCUCUAGACCAGCUGAGCCUCACAAUCCCUGUGGCAGGGCACCCCGCAUCACCUGCCCACCCACUCUCAGGAUGCCCUGUGCCCAGUGUGCCACCAGCUGCAGAACCAGUUCCUCACUUGCAGACUCCCAACUCGGAACCCCAGACCAUGGCCCGAGAGUGUCCACAGAGCUCCAAGCCCCCCAGUGGCUCCAAAUCUGGUCUUCGAAAUACUACGGGCUGUUUACAUGCCUGUGAUAGCAAAGUAGCAGGAGGUCACUCUCAUCCAAAGCAGCAGCGCAUCAGCAGGAGGAGAGCAACCAAUGGCUGGAUCCCCGUGGGUGCAGCCUGCGAAAAGGCCGUGUAUGUUGUGAAUGAGCCAGAGCCAGCUGUUCGUAAGAGCUACCAGGCUGUGGAGAGAGAUGGGGAAAUUAUCCGGGUACGAGAUACGGUCCUUUUGAAAUCAGGACCACGAAAGAAAUCUAUGCCUUAUGUGGCAAAGAUAUCGGCGCUGUGGGAAGACCCAAAAACAGGGGAGCUAAUGAUGAGUCUCCUGUGGUAUUACAGACCAGAGCACACUCAGGGAGGUCGCAAUCCCAGCAUGCAUCAGAAUGAGAUCUUUGCAUCCCGACAUCAGGAUGAAAACAGUAUUGCCUGCAUUGAGGAAAAGUGCUAUGUUCUGACCUUUGCAGAGUACUGCAGAUUCUGUGCCUUGGCAAAGCGUCGUGUCGAGGGGAUCCCAGGCAGGAAAACAAUGAUGGUUCCUCCAUCAGAAGAGUAUUCCACACCUCCGCAUCGCAAGGUCCCAGAGGACACUGAUCCUGAUCUGGUUUUUCUCUGCCGCCAUGUCUAUGAUUUUCGACAUGGGCGCAUCUUGAAGAAUCCGCAGUAGCAAAACUCUUCAGUCCAGCUAUGGUGAUGACAAGUGGCACCAGAGAGCCAGUGGCAGGUUGACCGUCUGGGACAUCCAUGCAUGCUCAGCAACUCUUUUAGUACUGCUUGCAGGCCAGAAGGAACGUCCAAGCACUCUGUCCUCAAAGACUGAAAAGAUUUCCGCAUUCAGGAACAGAUCCAUGUCAAGGAAGGCCAGCAGUUCAAAGCACAGCACUUCAUUAAAGAGCAUAAAUUAAAAUAUAUACCUAUAAAUAAAUAUAUGUAUAUAGAUAUAGGUACUUGCAUAUGUAAAUCUAUAUCUAUAUAGGUAUAUAGAGAUGCAUAUAUUGAGAGGGGUUUUGCAGGGGAGAAAAGUCAGUAUACUAAAUCCAAAGCCAUCAUUGGUGGGGGUGGUUGGAAUAUGCAGGAGGGAUUCUGUGGUGCAGGUAUGAGUCAAGCUGUGAUAGGUCCAUGGUUUUCAUGUCCUGAUGUGAAGAGAGAGGGCAAAGCCCAGUUCAUUUGCAUGGUGCAGGAUAGUCAUGCUUGCCCAGCAGAAAAGGCAGGGUGUGGGGAUUCUUGAUGUCACCGCUACUUCAAAAUCCAAUAAUUCCUCUUGAAGUUGUGCCAAGUGCAGAGUGGCUGUCUGCUGUACUGAAUAGUUUUUGCUUUGUAAAGGGAGAGGGACUCCUUUUUCCUGUACAAUUUUUCUGCAGUCUAUGAUUUACCACCCAGAUUGGGGCCUUUAGGCAGGCCGUGAACUCUGUUUCAGCUCCAAGGUAAAAAACAGGGCGAGGGAUAGUAGGCCUUACCUCAUGCCUUUAUGGAAAGCUGCAUGUCUGUCAGAGGUCUUUGACCAACAAGGCACACCUCUAGCAGACACGUACUGUUGUAAGAUAUGGAACACAUGAGCUUUGCUCUGUAGGUGAAAGCCAUGCUUUUCUUCUCUUCAGGAUACUCAUCUCCUUGCCCUCCUUGACAUCAGAUGCCUUCCCUAACAGUGUAAAUGGUUUAUUCUCUCCCUUCCAAGUUCAGUUUUCUUUGCUGUAGUUUAGUCCCUGUAGAAUCUAGAUGUGCACAUUCCACCAUAGGUGGGUAAGCUAGAGGCAGGGGAAGAAGUGAAAAAUAUUUCCUUUGGCUAUUUCAUCCUAAAAAUGACACCUGACACAAUUGUUUUGGUCUUGGGCAUGGUCAUACUGCUGAGAAAAUUAGCAGUGCUCUCUCUUGGCACUGCCUUCCAUCCUCCUCCCCUACUACUAAUACUGACAUCUGAACAUGCUCACCAGGGUGGCUUUGUGGCUUCUGAAAGGAACUGACCAAUGAGAGGUGUGCGUUGUUGAAAAAUGCUACCUGAUUCCUACAGAUACUUUUGCCUCUUGCCUUAUGUGUAUAGAUCCUAGAGAUACUUUAGUUUAUCUUAACACAAACUAUUGAAGUUAAUUCUAAAGAAAACCAAAGGACAGCAUAACAGAGUCCAUUGAAUCAGUCACACACAGCUGGGAAUCCAUUUGUAGAUUGCACUAAUUUAAAGAAUGAGAAUCAACACUGUAUCGGUCCAUGUACCUGCUGACUGCUGGAGUCACUCAUUUAAAGUAGGGACCUGCAUUUUCAGUUUUGGGGGUGCCUGAACUAGUGUUAAACAAUAGAAGUGUUCAUACUGCUUUAAUGUUGUUGUCCUUUAAGUGGAAGUAGCACUACCUUUACUCACCACGGACACUGAUGGAGCUGCAAUCAAGGAGAUUUUCCUCUUGCUCUGAUCACUGAGGCUAUGCCUACCUGGCCUGGAGAAAAUAUCCCUAACACGUUAAAUUCUGUUAAGUGAAAAUUGUGCAGCCUGUGUUUCUGUUAACACAGGCGUUAUCCAGAAAUUUGUUCUACAUACCAAAGAGGGAAAUGUUUAUGGAAGGACAAGAGAACCUUGAAGGAAGAUGGGAAGGUCUGAGGCCCAUGAGGGCCAACCCUGGAAGUGUGGCACAUGUUCACUUGAUCUCAAUGGACAAUUCUUGCUCAGUAUUCCAGAGAACAAUGAAAAAUUCCAAAGUCCCUACCAAUGCGCCCCAGGGGAAAACUCCCAAGCCUUCAUUUUCAAGAGAUUUAACCCUAGGCACCUGAGCACAAAUCCAUAAUGUAAGCAUUUAAUCCCACUUAUACCUCAAGGUACUGUUGGUGUCAAGUAAUUGUCUGUUUUCUCCUUAGCAAUUACUUGGAAUAAGGAGGUUAGGCCAUUGGCACUACAGAACGCAUUUCACUACAGCGUCAGAGCAGGGUUGGGGUAACCUCAGAGCUCUCAAUUGGCCAAGUGAGAGCAUCAUGGAGGGGAUGGAUGCUCACUAGAUGGGAGGAUGGUGUAGUUCCUGCUCCCUUGUAGUAAACAGUGGUGUGGUUGUGGAGCAAUAUUGUAGUUUCUGUAGCCUACUGCCUGCCCUUCUGGUCCCAUGGUGAGAGGUAGGUAGUUGUGGCUACAGGGUGGAGAGGGGCGCACAAGGAAAAUGGAGCGGCGGGACUAAUACAGGGGAAACAGCUCAGAUCAAUGAUAUGGGAAAGUCUUAGGAACCCUUAUAUGGACAAGCUGAUAUGUUCUGAGUCAGAUUUGGGACUCCUUGGACAGCCAUCCUGAGUAGGAUCAAUGGGGUCAGGGACAGUCCAUGCUAAGAUGCCUGAGGAUCCUCUUCUAUAAAAGGAGUAGCCUUAUUUACUGGUGUCGUGACAGGGUUUCUCAAGCUUUCCUGCUAAUUCAAAUCUGCACACUACUGCAAAGUCAGUAAAGCGUUUACUAUCCAGCCUCAGAAACCACAGUCACUUGUUGAAAAUUUUACUUCUCCUGGCUCCCCCUCCACCUGUCCUAUCUCCUUUCCAGGUGGGGGGAAAGAAAUCCAGCUUGCCCAAAGGGGAGAGGAAAAAUUGUAUUUACUCAUGUUCUGGGAUGUGCUGUCACCCCUGUCCAGAGAGGAGAAAUCCUGUCUCUUCUGAUGUUAUGUCAGAAUCUGCUUCAGGCCAAGAACAUUGUUCAAGACUCACAUGGUUGCUUAUGCUGUUGUGCAAACAGCAUGUAAAUGAAUCAAAAUGUCUUAUCCAUAAUGAGACUAUUUCAUGCUUUUUUAAUCUAUUAGAUAUGGAAAUAUUUUUUGAAACUGAAAAUGCAGUCAGUAGAAUUUAAAUUGAAAUGUAAUACAUGUAAAAUAUAUUUUAGUUGAGAAUUUUGUAAAAUGCACUUUUUUGUGUCUCUUCCCUGGUUUCCCAGAUCUGUAUUUCAGUGUUUACAGAUGGAAUGAGAACAUUCCCUAUACCCUCCGUCUGUGAGAAAGAUAUAUUAGAAGUAAUUCUUAAAAAAUAAAUUUGAAAAAUUGUAUUGAUUUAGAAAACAAA